AUGAAAGCCAUCACUACGAUGUGUGCAAAGAAUGGGAGUGCUUCGCUGCCGGCAGUCGCGACUGGACGGGUACAGCGUCAUCGUGAUGGUGAAAACGACGAAAUCAAACUUUACCUCUCGAAACUGCGCGAGCUCGUUCCGUUCAUGCCGAAAAAUCGCAAGCUGACCAAGCUCGAAGUGAUCCAGAACGUAAUCGAUUACAUCUGUGAGCUACAGAAUGCACUUGAUUCGCAUCCUGCGGUCAAUACCUUUGACUCGUUGGCGGUUCUUCAGCAUCAGCAGCAGCAGCAGCAGCAGCAAGUGGGAUAUUCGUCCGAAACAAUUGAAUCCAUUCCUACGGCGCCAGCAUCCAGACAGCCACUGGCCACCAUCUUGAGCGGUACUGGCAACGUUUCCGGAUCGAAUAUUAACGGUGUCGGCGAAGGAUUACAACAGCCUUGAUGGCGAACGGCAGCUGUCACUCACCUACCCACCACGGUACACAACCACCAUCGCCACCAAGGGUUCGUUCGCGCUAUCGGAGGGCAGCGGCGCUCCGUCGCUCGAACUAGUCCCAAACUGGCUUACAACAUCUGUGAUAUUA